AUGGCUGGGUCCAGUAUUUCAGUUGAUGAGGAUCAGUUCAUCUGUCCAGUGUGUCUGGAUCUCCUGAAGGAUCCGGUGACUCUCCCCUGUGGUCACAGUUUCUGUAAGGUGUGUAUUAAUGGCUGCUGGGAUCAGGAGGAUCAGAAGGACGUCUACAGCUGUCCUCAGUGCAGAGACACUUUCACUCCAAGGCCUGUUCUACGCAGAAACAACAUGCUGGCUGAAGUGGUGGAGAAACUGAAGAAGACGACUGAAGUCCAAGCUGCUUCUCCUGCUCACUGUUACGCUGGACCUGGAGAUGUGGAGUGUGAUUUCUGCACCGGGAGGAAAUGCAAAGCCAUCAAGUCCUGUCUGGUGUGUUUGGCUUCUUACUGUGAAGUUCAUCUGAAACCUCAUCUAGAAUUUCCUGCUUUAAAGAAACACACAUUAAUUCAUGCCUCAGCAAAACUCCAAGAAAAGAUCUGCACUGAACAUAACAAGCUGAUUGAGAUCUACUGCCGUACUGAUCAAACCUGCAUCUGCACCUUGUGCAUUUUGGAUAAACAUAAAGGUCAUGAUAUCGUAUUAGUUGCAGCAGGAAGAGCAGAGAAACUGCAGAGAAUCCAGGAGAAGCAGAAGAAGGUGCAGGAGCUGAAACAGGCUGUGAACACUAUAAAGCUGAGUGCACAGACAGCAGUGGAGGACAGUGAGAGGAUCUUUACUGAGCUGAUCAGCUCCAUGGAGAAAAAGCGCUCGGAGGUGACGGAGCUGAUCAGAGCUCAGGAGAAGACUGAACUGAGUCGAGCUGAACGACUCCUGGAGCAACUGGAGCAGGAGAUUGCUGAUCUUCAGAGGAGACUCACUGAGCUGGAGCAGCUUUCAUACACACACGAUCACAUCCAGUUCCUUUUAGCUUCUGGACAUCAGUCUCCCAAACUUGAAGGACCAGAGUUUCAGACAUCCAGCAUCAGUGUCCAUCAACAUCUCUCAUUUGAUGGAGUGAGGAAUUCUCUCUCAGAUCUGAAGAAGAGACUCGAGGAAUUCUGUGAGGAGGAAUUCAACAAAAUCCCUCCACAUGCUGCAGCAGUUCAGAUCUUUUUACUGCCAGAACCACAGAGCAGAGAAGAGUUUCUGACAUGUUAUCUGACUCUGGAUCCCAACACGGCACAUCGUCACCUUAUUCUGUCUGAGAAGAACAGAGCGGUGAGAUACAGUGGAAGAAAGCAGCAGUACUCUGAUCAUCCAGAGAGAUUUGAUUAUUUGUGGCAGGUGUUGUGUAAGGAGAGUGUGUGUGGACGCUGUUACUGGGAGGUGGAGUGGAGUGGUGCUGGUGUGUACAUAUCAGUCUCAUAUAAAGACAUCAGCAGGAAAAGACGGGGUAAGGAGUGUUGGUUUGGAAACAACAGCCAGUCCUGGAGUCUGUGGUGUUCUUCUUCUUCUUCCCUCUCUUUCUAUCACAACAACAUUAAGACUGAUCUCAGAGCUCCAUCAUCCUCCAGAAUAGGAGUGUAUGUGGAUCACAGUGCAGGAACUCUGUCCUUCUACAGCGUCUCUGACACGAUGAAGCUCCUCCACAGAGUCCACACCACAUUCACUCAGCCCCUGUACGCUGGGUUUGGGUUUUACUGGCGGUCUGACUCUACUGUGAGAUUGUUGCUCAGUCAUCUCCCCAGCACACAAUCCAGCUGCAUAAAUCCAGCUGAGUAAUUUAACAUGGUUCCAAUUACAGAGCAAACAUAGGAGAAACAAUAAAGAAAAACUGUGGAAAAAGUUUCUCAUCUACAGUAUUAUAAAUUUGUAUCUGGGUGAAGAACCGUGGAGAGAUAUGGCACAUCAGAGUAUGAACAUUACAGCUCGCAAAACCCUAAAGUAAGUUUUUUUUUUGUUUCUUUAGAGCUCAGCAUGGGCUUCACUUUAGGGUUUCUUUACAUUAUUAAAACUCUCAGACAAUUAAAAAGAAGAUAUUUAAGUUCAACCAAACUCAGAUAGAGCAUUAUUAUUCUGUAAGAAGGAAUCUGUUGGUAGUUAUAAUGUUUUG